CUAGCAGCCCGGUAAAAUUCGUAUGCAAAGACGUCGCACCGAGAAACAAGGCAUGUCUCGGCCAGGCAGAGAGGUUCUAUUAUGGUGGCUUUUACUAGCCUAAAUCUGUACGCUAUGGUAGUAGUAGUAUCGCCACAAGCUAAAACGCAGUGCACCUGUGAAAAGGUUACAAUGGAUGGAUGUGUGGAUCACACUAGAUUGGUUCAAUAACGUUACGUUGAACAUGUCUACUUUCCCCCCUUCCGAAAGCGUGUUUCAUGCUCUAGAUAUUACAUAUAUUGCACAACGCUACGAGACAGGAAACUUCAUGAAUCGGCAACAGUCCAAGCAGCUGUGAAAUCCUGUUCAAUCUUAUCAGUACCGUCGUUGGAGAAGAAGGAGACGCUGGUUGCUAGCAUUCCGAGAGCCAUACCACCAUUGCAACGGCAUUGGCAAUGGGGGAGGAAGGAAAAGCCUAUAAUUGCCCAACACCGUGUCGGGAGUGACAUCACUCUCUUUCACGACAGAACAAUAGAUUUGAUGCCAUUCCAAUCCCCCGUUUGUUGUUUCCGUGUGUGUCCGGUUGAAGUGCGAAUGGUACCGUUCGGUUGAAGUACUACUAGCAACGCAAAUCGUACAGCCGAUAGUUCAAGUUGGAAAUGCCCCAUUCCCGGUGGACGGCACCGUUGCUUAUGUUUUCUUACGCCUUUUGCGUCGCGUCACAUCGGGACUGUAUCAGCCCGGUAGAACAGUGGCGUAGGACGARCCUCCGUGUCAGUGCCACGAUMUUUUUUUGAAUCGCGGGUGUUUAGGUGCCCGAACUCUGUCUGAAAGCACCUCUCCGAUACUGUGAUUGAGUACUUUUAACGUAGAAAAUAAGUUACUUAUUCAUGGUAUUUAGUUACGAGAUGCGUACCUAGGAGCUGACACCGUGUGAAUUUCGAGAUGCUCGAUCCGAAGCCGGUACGAUUUUGAAAAGCAUCUGGGUUUCCUUUUGUACGUGGCCUUUUGGUUCGUUCAUGUACGGUACCGUCGCGUUGGCUGGGGUGAGAACAGGUUUUGUUUUGGUUCCUUCAUUGAGUUUUGCGGUGCGAACAAACACUUCGCACUUCUGAUAUCGAUGAUCCGAAGGUCCCAGACGGUUCGUACGAUACUGUACAUACAACGUUCCGUACAAAACCUACUGACCCAAUCGUGAGAGACAAUCACAGUACCGUAUCACGAUUAGAGCAUGGCGUCAGUUUACGACUACGAGUACGUACCAAUAAUCGUACGGUCCAUAAGUUACGGUACCUGGUAAGCUUCUUCAUUACGGACUGAAUCAUCCCUCCAAACCCGGUUCGGGUAUGUACCCGGGUAUGGGAAACCUCUUUGGGUUCUCUUUUUAGGAGCAUCUGGUCCGUUGAACAUGUACGAGAGAACUGAAACGUACAUUCAAGGACUGUGCUACGGUACGAAUUCCGAAAUCCAAUAAUACUGUAUCGUAGUCUAGUAAGAAGAACAUUUUCGAAGCAGAAAUGCAUCUGCUGGUGUAUGGAGAAUGACUUCAGAUCUGAAACACAGAUUUUAAACUCUUUUUGUAUGGUAUAAAUGUCAUUCAUUAACAAAAAGAAGAACAUCUUUGAUCAUCGAACGACGCGGCGUAUCGAAUUGGUCUGAAAUUGCCAGAUCUUUUUAUUACUUUGUACUUGUUUUUUGCAAAACCGUAUGCAGGAAUUCGAUAUUGUUGACAUUUUAAUUAUCAAUSGUGCAUCAUGGGUUUGAAAGGGCAUAUAAGUCAUUCAGGUACUAAGCCUGAUGAAUACAUGAUCAAGUACCUGUAACUGAAUUACAGUACCCAGAUCGCACAAUGAAUAAAAACUACWUGGGCCAAARGUACCAUACGAUUUGCAUUACCUACCUUUCAGAAAAAAAAUGUUUAAGAUUUCCUGAAUUUGUGGACACAUUUAUCAUCCAUCACCACAUAAACACACUGAAGUUUCGACGGACAAAAACACCUACACAGUCUGCAACAAGGCCAGGAAACGCCGSGGAAAGAAACCAAACGAACGGAAUCACAAUCCUAAACCUAAGCACAAAAGAAGGACUCUAUUCWCACAAACCUCCAAUCAACUUGUUGCAACGAAUUGCAACGAACCAUUCUCAUCUACCAACAAUGCUAUCGCUUUCGUCACAUCAAAUCCCAAUGUGUUCUCCCGCUUCGUUGCUACAAGAUCCCACCGUUGCAAUGACGGAGCUGUCAACGAACAAGACACGGCUUCCAACGAGACGCCCCAAGAGCACGACAAAGAAGUCGGUUCGGUUCAACCAGAUGGUCCACGUCGCACCCUUUGAGCGGGCCUCGCCGGAGGAAGCGAACCACAUCUGGUUCACAAACCCGGAGAUCGCCUCUUUCAAGGAGGCCGGGCGGAARCUGGCGGUCGUUUACCGGAAAUGGGGCGGAAACCUUGCGAACGAACACCAGCACGAGCACGAACAGGAGCAUGAGCAGGAGCAAAGAAGGGAGAGCAACGACGACAACGAUCUGUCCAUCUACCGUGGAUUCGAGAGCUGCACCUUCGUUCGGCAGCGCCAGCGGCUGCUCUCGAAUCGGUGCGUCGUGUAUGCCCACAAGAACGGCAUGGGCGGGGACUUUGUGGCAGCCAUAUACCAGCAAUGCAACCGGUGGUCCACCGAGGUUGCCUUUGUACAGGCCCUCCACGACUACGUGGAAGUCUUCUAUAGCAACAACCCCAAAAGCAGCAGCAGCAGCAGCAACAGCAGCAGCAGCAGCAGCAUCAACACUACCACAAACAGCAGCAGCGGCAACCGAACCAAAGACCACGACAGAAACCGUCUGAACGAAAGCGCGGCCCGCACAGCGGCGCUGGCAGCCAUGAUGAUUCCCUCUGUUUCGUCCAUGGUCCCGCCACCGGACGUCGCGUUCGCGGUAGAGGGUGCACACGCCCUGCGAAAACAGAAGCGAAAGCACCGGCGGCAAACGCACCAGCGGUAUCUCUCGUCGCAAGACCCUGCGUCGUCCCGGCGGGUCCGGGCCCGGGCCUGCUGAUGGUCGGGUUUGGUAUGGGAUUUUUCACCGGAAAACAAGCCUUGCUUUGCACGCGAUGCCACUCCAUCGAUGCAUUCCUUCCGCUUCCCAUCGAUUCGAGGUUACGAAAUUUUGAAACGAACAACACRAAACAAAGAAGUUUUUGUAGAAUGUACCAUAGCACCACUAAACUAAGCAAAUUCCU